GCAUUAUCAUAGCACUUUUAUUUUAGUUAUCGAAACUUUAUAGAAGAGAUCGCGCGCAACGAACCGCCUCGUUCGAAAUAGAUUUACCAAUAUCGAUCCAGCGCGAGAGGAAAAAUACCAGACGUUAUUAAUAAAUUACGGCUAUUAGUUCGCUAUUUCUAUCAUAAAUAAUAUUAAUCUAAAAUAUACCACACGGAAUUGUGACGCGGACUAAAGAAAACGAUACUUUAAAAUACAUUUUCAAUGCCAAAGUUUCUCACUGAAUUUCCGAUACAACUAAGUUUAGAGAAAUCAUAUUUUCGCUCACGUACCUGUCUGCCAGUGUGGUCGGCUGGUCGUGGCAUGUGCAGUGUGUAGAGCAGCAGGAGCAGCAUGGGGUGCGAGCUGUCCCGCCUGGCGCGCCCGCCGCCCCCGCCCCCCGCGCCCCCCACCGCCCCCGGGGUGCCGCUCACCCCGCGCCAGGUGUACCUCAUGCUGGCCAGCUGGAAGGGCAUCGCGCGAGCCAUGGAGCCCACCGGAGUGCACCUCUUCAUCAAAUUGUUCGAGGAGAACGAGGAGCUGAUCGGCUUGUUCGAGCGCUUCGAGACGCUGAAGACCCACGAGCUGCGCCAGCACUCCGCCGAGCUCGCCGAGCACGCCACCAAGGUGAUGCACACGCUGGACGCGGGCCUGCGCUCACUCGGCGACGCGGAGGUGUUCGACGCGAGCGUGCGCGCCGUCGGCGCCUCGCACACGCGCAUCCCCGGGUUCAAGGCACACUACUUCUGGCGCGUGGAAGCGCCGUUCCUGGCGGCGGCGCGCGCCACGCUCGGUGACCGCUACAGCGACAAUGUGCGCGACAUCUACACCGCCGCCAUCCGCCACGUGGUGGCCACGCUCGUGCGCGGGUUUACCGACGCCGCUGGUGACCCGGCCGCCGGUGGUGACCCGGCCGCCAGUAGUGACCCGGCCGCCGGUGGUGACCCGGCCGCCAGUAGUGACCCGGCCGCCGUCACUACCGACCCUGCGACCAACACCCUACCCUAAACAU